AUGUCGCUCACCAACUGUCGCUUCUACGAGGAGAAGUUUCCGGAGAUUGAUAGCUUUGUCAUGGUCACCGUCAAGCAGAUUGCGGAGAUGGGUGCAUAUGUCAAGCUGCUCGAGUACGACAACAUCGAUGGCAUGAUCCUACUCUCCGAGCUGUCGAGACGACGUAUCAGAAGUAUACAAAAGCUUAUCCGAGUCGGACGUAACGAGGUCGUCGUCGUUCUGCGAGUAGACAAGGAGAAAGGUUAUAUCGAUCUUUCAAAACGUCGAGUGUCACCUGAGGAUGUCGGAAAGUGUGAGGAACGAUACAACAAGAGCAAGUCGGUACACUCGAUUAUGCGUCACGUUGCCGAGAAGACAAAGACCCCGAUCGAAGAGCUUUACCAGCAAAUCGGAUGGCCCCUGAAUAAGAAAUACGGACAUGCCAACGAUGCCUUCAAGCUGUCUAUCACUAACCCUGCCGUAUGGGACGACGUUACCUUCCCAAGCGCCGUGGUCAAGGACGAACUCAUCUCCCACAUCAACAAGAGACUUACCCCUCCACCAACCAAAGUCCGUGCUGAUAUCGAAGUGACUUGCUUUGGAUACGAUGGCAUUGACGCCGUGAAGGACGCCCUCCGUGCUGCUGAGGCUGUCAGCCCACAAGUAAAGGUCAAGCUCGUGGCGCCCCCGCUAUACGUCCUGACGAACCACUGCCUAGACAAGACUCAGGGCGUCAAGCUGCUAGAGGAGGCGAUUGAGAAGGUACAGGAGAAGAUAAAGUCCAGCGGAGGUUCCUGCGUCAUCCAGAUGGCGCCCAAGGCUGUCACAGAGCAAGAUGAUGCCGACCUACAAGCUCUCAUGGAGAAGAGGGAGCGCGAGAACCAAGAAGUCAGCGGAGACGAGAGUUUCAGCGAGAGUGACGAGGGCGUUGUCGAAGUAAAAAAAAAAAAAGUUGUACAGUUUUCCAACCCGUCUUGCCAACUUCUUUUCUUCUUCUCCCAUGCCCUUCUUCUCUUUUCUUUUUCCUAUGUCUGGAUUACCAGUCUGCCGCUUUAG